AUGGAAAACCAUGAGAACCGGAAAUGUAAAGUGAUAUUAACCAGACGAUUAGCCGAUCAACGUAAGGUGGAUGUUGAAGGAGUGUGUCUCAGACCGAUCAGGAAUGGACAACAUGUCGAAUUUACAAACCAGAGAAUCUACGACCGAGAAUCCAGGUGCUUCCUAUGUACGAGUUCUGCAGACGAAGUCGACCAUCUCGUCGGUUUGCGCGUGGAUCAUUUAGAGACGGGCGACUCUUCAGUCGGUGUCGGUGUUGACGAAUCAAAAAAGAAAAAUGGACAACACGUCGAAUUACAAACCAGAGAUUCUACGACCGAGAAUCCAGGUGCUUUCGAAACGCGUGGAUCAAACAGAGGCGGUGUCCGUGUUGACGAAUCAAAAAAGAAAACAAAUCAGUUUUAUCCAUUUUCUUGCAUCGAUUUUAUUGGCAUCAGUAUUUCUCUGAUAUUUUUUUGCAUUGAUGUUUUUACGGACAUUUUGUUGGCCAAAAGCUAUUACGACGAUGGAAUGAUGUUCGAGUGCGUUUUGACGUCAUCCCUGGUAGCUGCUGCAUUUUUAGUAACUGGAAUCUUAAGUUCGAUCUGGCAUACUCAGGAACCAUCCCGCCGAAAUAUCUGUUUAUUGAUUCUGAUGUUUCCAUUUGCUACUAUAGAGAGAAAUAUAACCUACGUAUUUCACGGCUGCAAAAGCAAGCAGAAAGGCAUUAACAAGCACUAUCAUUACAUAGAGAUGAUCUACAAUGAUAGAGAUGCCAGUCUACUAAGAAUGUUUGACGCCUUUAUUGAAUCCGCUCCCCAACUGGUGCUACAGAUCUACCUCAUUCUGAAGGAACAGGAGAAUCUCAAAGAUUGUGAAGACAUAUCGAUUCACAGUCAUAUCCUUAGACUGUUAACAGUUCUCUCCUCUUGGGCAUCUGUCACGUGGUCUGUGACUGCUUACUAUCGAGCACUCCGUGUGAGCAACGCUAUGCACAAAACGAGACAAAAAACGAUCUUUGCUGCAACAGGAUACUUCCUCUGGAGAGCGUUUGAAAUAGGACCAAGAGUAUUGGCAUUAGUUAUGAUUAUUCUAAUGAACGGCAUCAUUUUUGCAGUAACAGUAGUCUUUCAUUGGAUUGUUGUUAUCACGUGGUCAUUUGCGACGAAAAUGAGGCCAUACAAGAAAACCCACGAAAACAUUAUAUUUAUUUUAUUCGUUGGAUUUGUGCAGAUUUUUUCUUUCAUGAAUGUCAGUCCCGGUAAAUCUCGAUACCAUGCCCUUUUAUAUUAUUUAUUCUUUUACACUGAGAAUAUCACUAUACUUAUUUUAUGGAUUUUGGCUAAAAAUAUUUCCUUUUGUCCUUGGAUUUAUUACGGGUCAAUUGGCAUUGUUUCUGGUGGCCUUAUGUUCAAUUUAGUUUUUAUUAUAUCAUUUUAUAAGCUGUGUCACCCCAAUACAGCCAUUUGUUAAAUAAAUCUUUUGUAGAAUUCACAAGUUAUUCUAUAAGUAUGGUUGUUCUUUGAUUCAUAUUUCUGCAGAGGGAUCAUUUAAGGAU